GCUAAACAACGGGAAAUGGGGUUGAUUUUGUGUUUUUAGAAAAAAGCAUCUAUUACUAAUUGAAUUAAUCAUAAUUUAUGAGUGUGUCAUAAGUGUAAACAGUGCUUAGAGCAUGCUAUAACAGCGUUAACCACAAACACAUACACUCAUCACACAGCAGUUGCAAUGCCGAAAUCAAUGUGGAGCUGGAGCUUCGUCCUUUUGUUGUUUCUCCUGGUGCUCGGCACUCCAGCGAUAUCAUCGCGUGUUCUCGAACUAAGUGAUCGCUUUAUCGAUGUGCGUCACGAAGGCCAAUGGCUGGUCAUGUUCUAUGCUCCAUGGUGUGGCUAUUGCAAAAAAACCGAACCCAUAUUCGCACUCGUUGCCCAAGCGUUGCAUGCCACAAACGUGAGGGUGGGGCGCUUGGAUUGCACGAAAUAUCCGGCCGCAGCGCGGGAGUUUAAGGUGCGCGGUUAUCCCACCAUUAUGUUCAUCAAGGGCAACAUGGAAUUCACCUACACCGGGGAUCGCAGCAAGGACGAACUGGUGGAUUAUGCGUUGCGCAUGUCGGGUCCACCAGUGCAGCUGGUGACGCGCACUGAGAGCGUCGAUAUGCUCAAGGGUUCGCACACCAUCUUCUUCAUGUUUGUGGGCGCACAACAGGGUGUUGUCUGGGACACCUAUUAUGCCGCCGCCGAAGGAUAUCAGGAGCAUGGUUUCUUCUAUGCUACAAGCGAGGAUAUUGCAGCGCAACAUUUUGAUUUCGAGCAACUGCCGGCGGUGAUAGUGUACAAGGAGGAGCAGCACCACUUUUAUCCGCAUGGUCAUGUGGCGCAUCAAAUGGAUCCACAGGAUGUCAACGAAACCAUCUUUCAGUGGGUGAACGUGGAGCGUUUUACGCUCUUCCCCAAGGUGACGCGUUUCAACAUCCAUCAGCUGCUAAAGACGCAAAAGUAUCUGGUGCUCGCCGUGGUGCAGGAGGACAAACUUAACCAGAUUGCGACGCAUGAGUUGGAGUUCCGUGACAUGGUCGAGGGCGUCAUACGCAAGCAUCGUGCUCGCUAUCACGAUCAGUUCCAGUUUGGUUGGAUUGGCGAACCAUCGAUAGCACAUUCCAUUAUACUGGACCAAUUGCCCACACCGCAUCUCAUUGCACUCAACUCAACCACACAGCAUCAUUACAUACCCGACGAUGAGCCGCUGCAGCUGACACCACAAGCGCUGCAUCUGUUCCUCGAGUCUAUCAGCAAUGAGAGCGCCACAGUUUAUGGCGGAGACACGUAUUUUAUGCGUGUGAAUCGCGCUCUGUUUGAGGUGAAACGUUCACUGCGAGAGAUGUGGAAGGGAAAUCCAGUGUUAACCACAGUCAUCUUUGGACUGCCGCUUGGUUUUCUGUCGCUCAUCAUGUACUCGAUCUUCUGUGGCGAUUGUUUGGUUACCGAAGAGGAACAGGAGGAAGAUCACGAGAAGCGAGAGUAGACGUCAUACAGCAUGCAUUUUGUGGCGGGGAGCAAAACAAUUCCAUCUCAUUGUGUUAAGCCAAAAAAUCUAGUCUUAAUUUAACCACGACAAUUUUGCUUAUGUAGAAGAAACUAAUCAACUCUUUGAUCUGAAUUCCGCGAUUCCUUUUUGUCGGCUGUUAGCAUCGUAUUUGUAUAAGAUUUGAGAGCUCGUGUUUCUAAUUUAAUAAACAAACAUAGUUGUUUAAAACUAUCU